AAUCAUGUUCCGUCUGUGCCAUUGUUUAGGUAGUUAGCUGAGAGCUUGUUUCAAACAAAACAGGAAAUAAAUUGAUCGGGACGCCGGUGUAUAGUAUAGAAAAGUAUAAUAUAAUAUAAUUGUUUAUUUUGUAGCCAUUAAUCGGCUAAGCCGAUGUGAAACAGGGCAGCUGUUCUUCAUGUGCCAUGCCUGUAGCAGGCUAGCUGACUUCUUUCACUAGCGAAACUUGAAAGACAGCUUUAAAAGGUUUUUUGUAUUGCCCCAGACAAUAAUGAACCCCUCUCAUAUUACUUAUUAAUUUAAACUGAACUGCAGCGUGACACCUGUCAGAGUUAUCACCUCGUAAUGGUUUUUCUGUGUCCAGCAUUAACACGUUAAGUCCUUAAAUCUCUGCUGAAGGACCAGGAAUCAAUAGAAAAAGAAACCAAAAAAAAAUCCUGGUCGAUGGUGAAGAUGGUCAGUUUCAGGAGUAAAGUGUGGUGUGGGGUGGAGAAGGGUUGUCGCCAUCUGCCCAUCGUGCUCAAUGCAACUCUGGUGUUCUCCAUCACGGCUGAAGUGAGCUACCUGGUUCUGAUGGAAGCCCCUUUGGAACCAGCACAGAAGGAGUCUGAGUGGUCUGCUCAUUGGAAGACCAUGCAUCUGCUUGCUCAGUACUUCAUGCUGGGAAGCAUAGCAUGGAACGCCUCUCUGUUCCUUAAAACCAGCCCGAGUAUCCGUGGAGUGUUUUUUAAUGGGGAUAUUGUAGGGCAGGGUUGGAGGUACUGUUACACCUGUGAGACACACACUCCUCCACGAUGCUCGCAUUGCUAUGACUGCAACGUGUGUGUCCUGCGCCGGGAUCACCACUGCGUCUUCUUUGGCCAGUGCGUGGGCUUUCGUAAUUACCGCUACUUCCUGAACUGUCUGCUGUUCAUGUGGGCUGGUCUGCUGUACGCCGUGGUGAUGAACGCUGAGGUCUUCAUCGUCAUCUUGAAGGAAGGCGUUACCUUUCACAGCUUCAUGCUGCUCAUGGUGCCAUGGAUUAUGCUGGUCACUGGUCAGGUGACAGCACAAGCCUUCACCUUUGCCUUCAUUGCUGACACCUGUGUGGUGGGCUUCUUGCUGGUCUCUGCCUUCCUCUUUUUCCACGUGGGCUUGAUGCUGAGAGGGCAGACGACGAGGGAGUGGUAUUCAGCCCGCCGGCCGUACAAUCUCGGAGUGCUCGCUAAUGUCCGAGAGUGCUUGGGUGAGCACUGGUACAUCUGCUGGCUCUGUCCCCUCAUCCCCUCCGACCUGCCUGGUGAUGGCAUCAACUUUAAAGUCACUGGUUCUCUUGACCCCAUGAAGUGAAGGCUUUGCACAACUAUUUUGGCGAGAAAUUGGAAGAGAUCCUGACGUUCUUGAUCUCAGAAAGUGGAUUUUAUCUUCAAAUCCUAGCAAAUUCUAUUGCGGAGACUUAGCAUUUACUUUAAGGUCACAAGCAGUCAAAUUGGUCAUGCACAGCUUAUCCAUGGUAAUAUGAAGCCAGAGCUAUAGGUAAUGUGAAACCUGGGAAAGAUUUUAUUCAUGAUUUAGUAGAUUUGAAGCAUUGAUUACACUAACUGUGCACUGAAUGAAUAUUCUACCAGCUGUCUUUAUACAUACCAGCUCAGCUAUCUUUGUAUUUUGGGUACCAGCAAGAAAUGUUCAUUUUAUUUUUCACGAGUUAUUUUGCCAAAUCACUACAUAGGAAAGGUUUAUGGUUCAUUGUUGAGAUGUCAGUAUGUAUUGUCAUGGAGUAUAAUGUGAUGUGGAUGUUGCAUUUAAUGCAUUAAUAUUGUUGUCCCAGCACACUGUAACUAUAUCAACCACCUGAAUGCUAUUGUGGUGGCAGGAAUUUGUCUUGGAUGCACUAUAUAUUUAUUUCCUCUUUUGGAUUUUCUUUUGAUAUAUAUAUAUUUUUUAAAUCAGUCAUUGAUGUGCCAAAUAACAUGUUGAAAUCUAUAUGCCAAGGUAUUAAUGUUAUUUUUUUGAGUUAAACAGUCUACAUACCAUUCACUUCUAAGGGUUAUGUUAGUUUACCCAGAGAAACAAUAAAAUAUCACUCCAAUGUGGCAAGCCCUGAGUAUGAUGUGCAGCAUGCAAUAACUUGUUCUAGAACUUGUUCUAUGACGCAAAAUUUGAUUCUGCCAUCUUACUUGAACAAUGACGUUUGCAAGUACUGUUUAUUCCAUCGACUCCAUCUGCAUCAUUAAAUCAAAAUCGACUGUCUAGUGAUCGAUAAUCAACAUCAUAAUAACCACAAAUAAGCAGCCUGCAGUCUUAAUAAAACCUUUCAAAGACCAUCA